AGUAACCGUGAAAUAGUUACAGCGACAGAUUAAACCGAGUAUAAGAAAGAUUCACCAUUAACCGUUUUACUGGAGGAAAAACAAUUUAAGAGCCAGGUCAUAACAUCCAAGUAACGAAAAACUUAAUUAGAGAAACACAGCUGUGAUUUAAAUACACGUACUGAAACGUUGCAUGUGAAUUAUACGUAAGUUAUUGAAUACCUGUUUAUACAGAUGUUGGGGUAUCUUAUGAUGGUGUUUAAGAAGAUACAGAGUUACGUGUAGAAACGAUGUAGCUGGAUUUAUUAAAACCAGAUACAGAGGACACUGUUGUGUUGUUCCUUAAUAACAGAAUCUUUAAGGAUAAACAAGAAUAUACUGGACAGUUUGACAGUCAGUGGAGUUUUAUAACUAGAUGUAAAAUAAGAUAAUACAUUGUAUAUCUAUCUCGACUGUCUACAUGUGUAUUUGUUUUAAUUACUGAAGUUUAAAUCUAAAACACGAACACCACUGCAACCUUUUCAACAUAAUCAAGUGAACUUUAAAAACAGUCAGCCAACAAAACAUUAAAUAACACGUGAUACCCUGUACUAACUGUAACUUGAAGUCUACUUACUGUACGAUAAUAAUAUAUCAACAAACAAUUGAUCUUCGAGUAACAAGAUAUUAAAUUAGAUUAUAUUGAACAGUCAGCUCGACAAAUGUUACAGUUUAUAAAUAUCGUGAUAUCUGAGAAUAUUUUCAAAAACAAUAAUUAGUUUUUAUUGGACAAAUAAUGUGAUAUUUAACAAGGAGGAAACUGUAUUAUAUUAUGUUGGAUGUUCUGCAGCGUUUUAUUGGGUUGUGGUAUUUAAAUUAGAUUAAAUUCUUCCAUCAAGUGUUUAUCAAUAUUACACGACAAGUUCUCCUAAAUUAAAAUUACAGUUUAAUACAAGAAAGUGAAGCGACAAACGAUUAUAAAUGUAGAUUUGAAAGUGGAUUCAUUUGUGGCAACUGUGGUAGGUUUAAUGAAAGACGAUCGGUGAACAAUAAAAUAGAAUAGGAUAUUUAUUAAGGUAAAUUUUACCUGUGGACAUCAAGUACAGGUGUGAUCAGGUAACUGAUUCAAGUUACAUUUAGAAAGUAAAAUACUGCAUCAGAUUUCAACUCGUGAUAAAAUCUAGUUUUUAUAGUUGGUUAAUAUCCCCUGGUGCUUGUAUUCAUGAUAAACCCGAGGAUUUAUAGUUAGAGUUAAUAUCCCACGGUGUUAGUAUUCAUAGGAGUUAUAUUAUACCACGUGUUUCAUUUGAUAGAGACGUCAUAAAGAUCGACGUCAUGAGAAGUUGAGAACCGUCAGAAUCUAGUUCGUCAAACCUUGACAGACUCUGAUCGAAUAACUGUAUUCAUAUAAUUUCAACAAUGGCUUGUGUGUCUUUACUAAUUAUAGCAGCCGGUGCCAUGAUGUCGAUAACCAAUGUGGCAGGACAGAUCGUUGAAGAACUGUAUUAUGAUGUACAGGAGGAGAAGGAACCGCCAGUUCGUAUCGCUGAUCUAUCUACCGACUCUAACGUUUCAUCUGUCAUAUCAUCUGGGGAACUUCCGUUACUCAGUUUCCGGUUAUUUUCAUCCACCGGAAGUACCAAGUUCCAUUUAGACAAUUCAACAGGGAUUCUUUCUUCAAGGGAAAGGAUAAACAGAGAAACGGUUUGUCGGUUUCAAGUUUUGUGUAUAUUAACACUGAAUGUAGGAAUACAGUCUUUGUUGGCCGGAUCAUCUUUUUUCCAAACGUUAACAGUAUCUGUCCGGAUAGUGGACAUUAAUGACAAUUCUCCGAUAUUUCUCCGAUCAUCGUCUGAGUUAUCGUUCUUAGAAUCAUCGCCGCCAGGCACGUCAUUUUUAAUAGAUGGCGCCACAGAUUUAGAUACAGGGGCGAAUAACUCCGUUCAAUCUUAUUCACUGGUGCCAGCUAGUGAUGUAUUUAGUAUACAAACACAAAGAAAACUGGACGGUAGUAUGGAAGUAAGCAUUGUUUUACAAUCACCUUUAGAUAGAGAAACUGUUUCUCGAUACGAAUUAACAGUUAUGUCACAAGAUGGCGGCCAACCGAGACGAUCAGGCGAAAUGAAACUUUAUAUUAACGUAACGGACGUCAAUGACAACAAGCCUCGUUUUCUAAACACCGUCUAUAACGUCAGCAUUAAUGAAACAGCUCCUGUAAAUGUUACCAUAGUUACAGUUUCUGCUACAGACCGAGACUUUCAUCAAAAUGGACAAAUUACUUAUAGAUUUAGUUCCAGACAAACUGACUUUAAUGUGGUGAAUUAUUUCUCUGUAAACUCAAGAAAUGGCGAUGUUUAUCCUAUUGCAUCAUUGACGCCACUUCAAGGUCAAACCAAAAGUGUUAUCGUGGAAGCAAAGGAUGGAGGGAUUGAAUCUAAAAUAUCGCAAUGUAUCGUCCAUGUUACAGUAUUAGAUAAUGUUAACACUCCACCUGUCAUUCGACUGAAUCUAGUAUCAACUAAUCAUACCGUUGAUCUCAGUGAAGCGACCAGUGUCGGCUCCUUAGUCGCACAUUUCGUCACAGAAGAUGUGGAUUCUGGAAUAAAUGGAGACGUUUCGUGCCAAGUGCCAAAUUCUACUGAAUUUAGUGUCCGACAAAUCAAACCUGAUCAAUACAAAAUAAUACUGAAUCAGGUUUUAGAUCGCGAAGUUAAAUCUGAUUAUCAACUAACUUUGGUGUGUCAAGAUGGCGGACAGCCGCCAUUACAAUCAAAAGUCAGUUUAACAGUUCUGCUGUAUGACGUCAAUGACAAUCCACCAGUUUUGGAACAAUCUGAAUAUUCUAUCAACAUAUCAGAAAAUAAUGAAAAUGGAUUAAAAUUAUUGCAAGUUCGGGCGACGGAUAAAGAUGUCGGAGAAAAUGGACACGUGAUGUACAAACUUGGUCAUGUUUCUGAGAUGACGCCAACAAUUGAAGUGAAUGAAACAACAGGUGACGUCAUUGUGUUAGGUUCCUUUGAUUACGAGGCUGAGAAGCACGUGAAUAUAUCUAUAAUAGCAGUAGACGAGGGAAUCCCGCCUCUUUCUGCUAUUGUAAACGUAUAUUUAACAAUAACUGAUGAAAAUGACAAUUCACCUUACUUCAAUGAACCUGUUUAUAUAUUUAACGUCAAAGAGAAUUCAGCCCCUGGGGCUUUUGUGGGUAAAUUACUAGCUCAUGAUGUAGAUAGCGGAAAUAAUGGCCGCCUUAAUUACAGGAUUAAAACUAAUUCUACUUCACCUUUUAUUUUAUCAAAAGCCGGUUAUUUAUCAACUCAACAAACUCUGGACAGAGAAAAACAAGCCGUUUAUAGUUUUAUCAUUACAGCUUACGAUCUGGGAGUUCCACAACAAUCUGGUGAUGUUCAAAUUAAUGUCUAUAUCUUGGAUGAAAACGACAAUAAACCUUUUAUUAGCUUCCCAAAUUCUUCUGUCGAUUCCAUCAACGUCUUUUACCAGACUGUUCCGGGAACCGAACUUCUCCAUGUAGAAGCCGUGGAUGAGGACGAAGGAGAUAAUUCUAGAUUAAUUUAUGAACUAAAAUAUUCAGAAAAACCCGAAUAUUUUAUAAUCGACGAGAAUUCUGGAGUUAUAUUUUUAAAUAAACAAUUAAGUUUAGAAGAUUGUGGUAAUGUUAGUGUAUCAGUGAAGGUGUCUGAUCGAGGUUUACAGUCGAAAUCUGUUAUUGUUAAUUUUACCAUGGUUAUAGUAGAAGGAAAUUCUACUUCUUUAGCUUAUAUAAAUCACACUGAACACAAUAUGUUGAUAGUUAUAAUAAUAGUUAGUAUAACUCUAGUAGUUGCUAUAUUAGUUCUUACAGUUGUUUUAUUAUUAAAACGCACUGAUAAACAAAAACAUUUACAACAACAUUCUCAAUACGAUAUGAAGAAUCUUGGUGAUACGAUGUACAAGGAGGGUGUACAUGUUUACGACAGUGACGAGACAACUUUACACCUCAAGAGAGAAUCUUUAAAGGCUCCCCCACCCUCUAAUGACGAGCUAAUCGUCUUUAAAAUGAAACUAGCAGAGAAAUAUCAAGUGGAUGGCGGUGACUGUAGCUUUUCAAAGGAAACCGAGAUGAGUGAUGUGUUGAGUAGUGUAUCAGGGGAGACAAAUGGGUGUGACAGUGGACGUGGUGCCAGUGAAGGUGAAGGUCAAGACGAUGGUGCCACAAGUGUUCCAAACAGUCCGAGAAAACAGAUGAUGACAUUUAAAGGUUCCAUUCAACCGCCAGCUUAUUUUAGACUCGAACAGAUGAGAUCUGUUAAAACCGGGACACCGCCUAGUCACCAUCAUACCAGACAUAACGUGAAUGCCACGGAUAGUUUAAAAAUCAAGGCUAGCGGAAAUAGACCAUCGGGUUUAAAUAAAGAAAAUUUAACACCAAAUAGUGAGAAAUAUGACAAUCGAGACCCUUGUUUAAAACAUGUGUCAGAAAAUUAUCAAUAUUUAGACAAUUCAAAAUAUAAAUAUGAUAAUCGAAAUAAUAAACAAACGACUCAAAGUUUUAAUAAACAAAAUAAUUUAAUAUUUACACAGAGUGGCGACGGUUUUCAUCAAUAUAAUGACAAUAUAAAUACACGAUAUGGUGGAAGGACGGAAUUACGUCAUCAUAGAAUAAAUUAUAGAAAUAGUGACGUGUAUAACCACGAUAUAGACAUGUACAGUAUAGACACCGUGGACGAUGGACAUUCCACGACAACAUCGGGUAGUUACACCGUGGACAAUGAUCAAUUUGUGGAUGAUUUAUCUAUAUUUCCCGACGACAGCUAUCACGUGACACACCUUGGUCACAAUCCACAAGAUGUGUAUGUGUGAAUUGGAAGUAUAUGUAUCUGAUCGCGAUAUAUACGUAUCUCACACCGAGAGCUUGUUCUUAGUUUCUCCAGUAUCGUCGACCUGAUACCAGUAGAUGGAUAGCAUCCACUGUCUAUUGUGGUACCGUCAACCAGUCGUAGAUGCGGAAAUGACCUAGCAGAACACGCGAUGACUCUGUUAUACAACAUAGUAAGUGCUUGGUGUGAAGAAUUCAAACCAUCCACUCGUCGACCUCGGUACAAUGCCUGUUAUCUAUUAAUAUCGCGUCGACCUCGGUGCAAUGCCUAAUAUUAUUGUAUCGCGUUGGCCUCGGCACAAUGCCUGUUAUAUAUAGAAACGUCUGUUGAAUAGUAUGCACGCUGUUCUGAUGGUUAAAGGUGAGCUAGUUUAAAAUUCCUGAGGAGAAUAUAGGUUCUACACAGAUUACCAGCCAACUAUUCUGUCUGACCAAUGAUGUUAUAAUUGUUUACCAGAAGGAAACGAAACACGCUUUCCAGAAAGCAGAUAAUCUAGUAAUUUUAAGUCGGGGCGUCCAAAAGGUAAAAAUUUAGCCAGCUUACCCGUUAAGGCUAACGUGGGAGUAGGCGAAUUUGAGCUGGUCCCAACAUUAGGUUCAGGUGGUCUUUUAAUAUAUAUAGCUUCAUUAUGUCCGGGCUAUAAUUAGAAUAUGACGUAAUAAUAAUGUGAAUACUGGAAUAAUAAAUAAUUUUACUGUGAUAAUAUGUAUAUAUAAUUGUAAUACAU